UCAUCACCAACACCACCAACACUAACACCACCUCUACUGCUGCUGCUGCUGCUGUGACAGGAGGCUGAGAAACAGAGCAACAGAAGGAAUAAACCUUUAUUAUCCUCCUCCUCCUCUUCCUCCUCUUCCUCCUCUUCUUCUUCUUCUUCUGUCUCUGCUGAGCGGAGAUGCGCGCUGCUGGAGGCUGCUGGUGAAUUAUAAUAAGGAGGAUAGGAAGCCACCAUGAACGAGACAGCCUGUCUUUUCUCUCCUUGCACGUUUAAUUAAUUAAAGCAGCUUUUUUUUAUUCUGGGGAGGAUUUAUCCCAGUGCUGGUGCUGGUGCUGGUUCUGGUUCUGGUUCUGGUGCUGGUGCUGUCCGUGCAGGAAUGAUUUUUCUCGGCUUGGUUUUGCUACAGAGGACCAUGGAGACCUCCGGAGCCAUCGGUCAUGCUCUCUGGUGAGGGCGUGGCUGGGAGCGAGAGUUGUAAAGUCCCCAGAGUUACAUCACAUGGAGGUCAAAGGUCAUCUGAUCACGUCCAUGGGUUUGGGGGCUCCUGAUGUUCAAGGCUGCCAGGACAGCAAGCUGCAGGCUGAGAGGGUUGCAGCUCUGCAGGAGAGGAAGCAGGCCCUGGAGGCGCUCCUCAACACCAGAGUGGGAGAGCUCAAACACGUCUGUCUGCAGGAAGCAGAGCUGACUGGGAAGUUGCCACAUGCUUUCCCCCUGGAGACGGGAGAGAAACCCCCACCGGUGCUGCGCAGGACUGGCCAUGCGCCCAACACCAAGGCAGAGGAUGAGGCUGCCCAAAGAAAGCAGAUGAAAGCCAUCUUCACCGGUGCUCUGUACCGACACUCAGAGUCAGACCGAAACAUCCCAAACAGCAAGAGGACGGUUCAUCGGGGGUGUCACACAGAGGACACUGUCAUGUCAGAGAGUACAAGCUCCAUGUCAGAUUCAACAUCCCAUGACAAUGAGUCCUCUCCCAGUGUGGUGGCUGACCAGCGCUCUCUAUCUCAGCCCCGGCUCACCGUGGGCAGCCCCGACCACAGGAUCAGCAGGAAGCUGUCGCCGGUCGAGAUUUACUACGAGAUGAGGACGCGCCGCAACUCUGUCACGAGCUCCGUUAGCCCGACUCACUCAUUACCAAGAAGUGCGUCUAACAUCGAAGGUAGAAGUGUUCCAGCUACUCCUCUGUUGGCCCGAACCGCUCCGAUCAGCGUUCACGUCAGGUCGGAUGCGUCGGGUGGUAACGGGUUGAAGCAGUGGUCUGGCAGCCUGGAUGUGCCCUAUAUGAUUCCACUGGCCCAGGAGGGCUCUUCUUCCGACCGGCGAGGCUGCCCUUACAGCUCCCGGGCCAGGCGCAGCAACAGCUCCGAGGCCCUGCUCGAUAGAUCGAGCCUCCCCGACGAUCCUGCUCCCAGAAACGGGAUGCCCCCCAGAGGAGGGCCCUACAAGAGCUCAGAGACACUGACUGAUGGCAAGCUGCGACACAUUCACCUGGGCAGCCCCGAGAGACACGUUGACGGCACUGUGGACCAGGCCAAACUGCGUCUGUCCAUGGGCGACAGAGCGUCAGGCGGAGGCUACAACGAGCUACUGAUGGACUAUAUCUGGGGGAAACAGCAGAGGAUGCAAGUGCAGCACCACCUGUACCAGUCCACAGGCAGGAUCUGGCAGGACAUGUCCUCUCCUCGCUCCUCCACGGCGGCGGCACCUCCCCACGCCAACGGAUUUUCCCAUUCCCAGGUGAACCUCCCCAGCGCUGCGCCUCCUUACAGCCCCAUGGUCCUCCGAGGGUCCCAAGCUGAGCUGCGCAGGGUCAAAGUCACCAGAACCAAAUCUUGUGGACCCUUUAUUCCUUUGCAGCAGCAUCCCCAGGAUGGCAUCCUGCUGUCAGCGUACGAGUCUCCCCUUCCCGCCUCUGGCACCACCACGUCCUCCAUUCCCAACCUGCACCCCUACCAGACGGAGCUGUCUGGCACCACCUUCGGCCGCAGACCCCCACAGUUCUCUCUCCCGACCCCAGAGGACUCGACGCGAAGCUUGCAUAAAGCCCUGGCUCUGGAGGGACUGAGGGACUGGUACCUGAGGAACGCCCUUGGCUAUCCUCCUGCUGCCCCAAAGGGCCACGAGGCAGGGAUCUCUCGUCUCUCACACCCCCACCCGCUGGUGCACCAGGCCCAGUCUGUUCAAGGUGAACCAGCCAACCUCCACAGGUCUCAGAUACCCCAGUCAGCCAGCUUCCAUGGUCAUCCGCUGCAUGGAAGGGAUAUAAUGAACUUUCAACGACCUCCUUCUCCAAGCUCCCGACCAUGAUUCAUACUUUUUAUUUCAUGAAGAUGUAUUCUCUCUGUGGCUUUACCCUUCUUCACUUCCUGCCUCUUGUUUGUGGAGUGCUGUAGCUGUAUUGAUUUGUCUCGCCUCCCCAACAGGUCGAUGGAGUUCUCGCUCUAUCAGGAGAAUCCUCAUCCACAGAUGCAAGAGGCGACCCCAAAGGAACCCAGUGCAGACCCAGGCACCCUAGUCUGAAGCAGCAGAACACACACACACACACUACAUUAUCUGAGCAAAAACACUGUAGCCUCACACACACAUUCACUCAGACUCACACACAGACAAACUGACACAAUGUGACCUCAACAGCAAAAGCAAAACACGGCAACCUCAGCAGAAAGAGACUGGAAUAUAAUGACAAACUGUAGCUGUACAGUGUGAAAAAAAGCCUUGGCAAGUUCCCCGUGUUCUAACUGAUCCCACCAAUAUACUGUAUGAACUUCAAACCCAGUAGUCCUACAUGGAUGUACACUGGAGUUGACUCAUCUAAUAACAAUAUGGUCAUGCUGUACAAUAUAUCGAUAUUUCUGGUCCAACACGAGCAGUGAAACCCUUCCUAUAAUAACCCUGAAAAGUCUCCCGAGAUAUACUUUUUUACAGAAUAUAUACAACUCUAAAUUACUAUUUUGUAUCUUCUGAGAUAUAAAGAACAGCUAUAUUAAAGAGGUAAUUUAUUGCUCAUUAAUCUUGUGAUAUACAAAGAUGUUAUAUGAGCUCUCAUCAUCGUUUGAAAAGUAUUAAUACAUGCCAGUGAAUGUGUGUUUGUAACAUAAACUGUAUAUAUAGAUGGACUGUACAAAAGUGAAGCCAAAAUAGCCCGGUUACGGGGGGCUGGAGGCGCGGUAUCCAGGUCCCGCCUACAUACCCGCCUGAGCCAAUCACGAGCCGAGCAUGGCCACAGCUUGCUAGCGUGAGCCACCUAGCAGCUACAUUAGUACCACGGUAGUUGUUUGGCUAGAAAGACACAACAACUCCACCGUGAUAUCUCUAUAACUACAUUUAUGAUCAAAUUGACACAUGACGGUUAUGGAAAGUUAAAGUUACAUCUCCUCUCUCGGACAAUUCCCGAGUCUCCAACUACGCGACUUUCCUCAGAGCAGCUGUCAAUCACAGCUGUCAAUCAUAACACCUUUUUAUAGCAUUAAAUAACUAAUUAAAAACAAAUUUAUCAGAAAAAUUAACACUUGAACAUACA